AUGAUUACACAUCUUAAAAAUAAAGGAGGUAUUUAUAUAAUAAUCAAUAAAUUAUCUCGUAAUUAUUAUAUAGGUUCUGCUAGUAUUAAUAAAAUAUAUACUAGAUUUACUAAUCAUAUGUUAAAUUUUCAUGGUAAUAAAUUAGUAAAAAGAGCUAUACUAAAAGAUGGUUUAAAUAAUUUUAUAUUUGGUAUAUUAGAAUAUUACCCCAAAUAUAAAGAAAUUGAUAAUAUUGAUUUUUACUCCCGCCACCAGAUACCUGGUGGCUAUAUAAAAGAUAUAAAUUUAUAUAGUAAUAAUCUUUACGAUUUAGAAACAAUGUAUUUAACUUCUUUAAUACCAAAAUAUAAUAUUUUGAGAGAAGCAAGUACUAGUAUAGGAUAUAAACAAACUGAUGAAACUAUUGAAAAAUUAAAAUCUACAUUUUCUAAUGAACGUCGUUUAUUAUUAAGUAAACUUCAAUCAGAACGUAAAGGUAAAUUAAUUCUUCACCACCAAGAACCAGGUGGCUAUAAUAAUUUAAAAAUAAAUAUUUAUGAUUUAGAUAAUAAUUAUUUAUGUGAAUUUAAAAAUAUAAAUACUGCUAGUCAUUUUUUAUGCUGUAGUAAUAAAACUAUUAAACGUUCAUUAGAUAUAGGUUGA